UUCUGUUGAGACCUUAUCAGCAUAUCCUCGAACUAGGCUCUACAAUGGAAACUAUUGGCAAAUCUCUGAAGGAAGCUCUCAAGUCUGCCCAGUGUGAGGAUCGCCUCACUGUUGGUGUCUAUGAAAGUGCCAAAAUAAUGAAUGAUGACCCAGACAGUGUGUCUUUCUGUGUCCUGGCAACUGAUGAGGAGUGGGAGUGUGAUAUUGCUCUCCAGAUCCACUUCACCCUCAUCCAGUCUUACUGUUUUGACAACGAAAUCAGCAUUGUCAGAGUGAACGACAUGCAGCGCCUGGCCGAGAUUGUUGGUGACAAGGCUGGCCAGCUUGAAGAUGCCCACUGCUGUCUUAUCACAAACUCAGCUGAUGGUUCUUGGGAGGACCCUGCUUUGGAGAAGCUGCACCUGUUCUGUGAGGAGAGCCGCGGUCUGAACGACUGGGUUCCAGAGAUCACCCUCCCUAAACGCUGAUCUUCUCUCUUGAGAUGCUGUAAACCUUCAUCCUAUAAGGAAAUACUCAUCCUUUUACAGGAUGACACUGUUUCUCAACCCUGGAUACUCCCGAGGAGGAUUCUGAUCCAGGCAUCGCGUGGCCGGCCCGAAUGGGCCCCUGUGAUUUCGUCGUCUCUUGUCCCGUCCAUGCCAAGAUGACUUCCAUUCUUUAUGUGAAUGAGGUCAGGUAUGCCACAAGAGCGACAAAACGGCCCUCAUUCUUUGUGCGGAUGAGGUUUGGAGAGAAAGGAGGAGCGAGUUCUGCAUCCUGUGUUCCACAGAGCGAACGUCGCACGUUGAAGCACGCGCAGUAGGAGAAGAAGCGGUGCCAAGAAGAAGCAUUCUUAAAAACAAACUUUUUAAAAAUGUCUUCUUGCUGAGCGGCAAUAACAACCGUUACAUUCAGCGAUAUACUUCCAACUUUCCAGAAUUGUCUUAAUUCUCUGAAGGUUUCACUUUAGAUGAUUUGAAUAUGACAAAAACUCAAAAAAGAAAGGAAACAAGAAAUGUACUGUAAUGCUCUGAAGGUUUUACUUUAGACAUUCAAUAUGAACAUUUAUUAUCAAAAAUGCUACAAUGUUGAACUCCUGAUUACAUAAAAAAAAAAGCUUUAUUGUUCAAUGAAAUGUUUUCCUGUUGAAUUCCUGAUUGUCAAACUAAAAAAGAAGAUAAAUGAAAGAAUAUAUUUGUUAUUUUCUAAAAGUUUCACUU